AUGAAAAUACAAGUGUUGCUCCUUCUCACCAUAAUAGGGACAAUCUCCAUCGAAUCAGGAAACAGUCAGCGCAUCGUUCUUUGUGGCAGAAGACUGGCCGAAACCUUAGCUAUGGUAUGCGACAGUGGUACAAUGAUGAAGAAGUCGGUUUCAAACUCGAUCCAGGAGUACAAAUACGGUUGGCAAUGGCUGGCACCGCGAGUAGCUCACAGUUUUGGCCAACCCAGAGGUAAGAGAGGUAUUGUCAGUGAAUGCUGUGAGAAGUCGUGCUCCCUUGAGGAACUCCUGACCUACUGCUAG